AUGCAAUUCUACCAUCUAGUUGCUGCAGGCCUGCCCGGUUUUCCUGGUUCAUCACCAUCUUCCCAGCAAGUAGCCGAUGUUGUGUUGGAAAUUAAGUAUGAAGAGUUUUCUAAAGCAUCAAGCCUCGUUGAUAGUUCCCAGGAUUCUCCGACAGAGGUGAAGCCUCCUGUUGUGACUAGCAUCGAGGGAAAAGUGAAGAAGAAGAAGGCCAAAAUGCUCAAAUGCCCUCUUCCAGAUGGAAGCACUGAAGAAACUAUUAUUGUAGAGAAAAAGAAGAACAAGAAGAAGAAGAAGAAGAAAGACAUGGGUUCAGAUACAGCCACCGACCCUCUCAAGAAACCUUUCUCGGAUGAAAAAAAAAAAAGAUGA